GGACAUGCAUUCCCAAAUCCACAACAGACCGAAGGAAAUAUCGCUAACAAACACCAGCCUGUUGGUGUAUUUGGCGAUGGAAAGCCCGAACUUUACGCACGGAUCUGUUUCCAUAAACGAGACGCUGCGUUCAGGAGUGACAAUGGCUUUGCCGAUGUUUAUGUUUGCUGGGGGCGCCAUUGGGAAUUUAAUUGCAAUAAUCGUUCUUUCAGUAUCAAGACAGGAGAGAAAAUCAUCAGCUUUCUACACGCUGGUUUGCGGUCUGGCGGUGACGGACUUGCUAGGCACCUGUCUGGCCAGUCCGUUCACCAUAGCCAACUACCUGGACCAGCGUGUGCUGGAGGACCGACAUUUCUGCGAGUUUCACUCCUUUUUGUUGCUGUUUUUCGGUUUAACUGGACUGAGCAUCAUAUGCGCCAUGGCAGCAGAGCGGUACCUGGCUAUAUGCUGCCCGUACACUUACCAGCGGUGGGGGGUGAACCGACGCUUCGCGCAAAAGUUCCUUUUCUUCAUUUACAUCAGCCACAUUUUCUUCUGCUGCCUCCCGACGAUGGGCAUGGCGGGGAGCGAGCUGCAGCCGUCCAAAACCUGGUGCUUCAUCGACUGGAGGACACACGAGCCUUUGGCCGCCGCUUACUCCGUCCUGUACGGCGUCGUCAGCCUGCUGCUCAUCAUGGGCACCAUUGUGCUGAACCUAGCAGUGUGCGGAGCGCUGCUCCUGAUGCGGCAGAGGACCGUGCAUCGGCCCGUCGCCAGAGCCAGCGUCCGGGAGAGGUGGAGGGCUCUGUCCUCGGCCGCAGAAACGCAGAUGAUCGCGGUGCUGGUGAUGACCUCUGUGGUGGUUCUGGCCUGUUCAGCCCCGCUAGUGGUCCGUGUGUUUGCCAACCGCUUCCUACUGAAAAAUGACAAAGCUGACCUGGCUGCCAUCCGGAUAGCCUCUGUUAACCCCAUCCUCGACCCCUGGAUCUACAUCCUGCUCAGGAGGUCUCUGUUUCGACGGUUACUCAGUUUAUCCAGACACGGCAGCAGCACUUGCAGUAGUACACCUCCUUCACCACAAAGGAAUCUGUGUUAUCCUGAACUCAUGACGGACAGCCAUGUGUUCACCCAGUUGAUGUGCAACGCAAAUGUCAUCACUCAGCUGCCUGCUACCGUUAAAUUCACUCCGUAUGACUCAGAGGGCUUCCGUCAGACGUAAAACAGACUGAAGACAUGUUCGGCAUCUAUGAAUGUUUGCUGCCUACUCAUGCUGCAGGCAACUGGUUGCAGGCCCAGAGACUUUGUUUCAGAGCUGUUGUUCAUGGUAUGGAAAGACUGUGGGCUCACAGCUGCACAGGACCCUCAGAGCCCUUGGAAGAUUAUUUAUUAAAUAAAAGUGGAUGGUUGCUCUGAUUACAUCUAUAUAGAUGUCUCCUGCAGUGACACAGGACAGAUGAGAAAAAACUAUCUGGCUCGGAUGGUAUUACCGAAGUGCAAGACUACAGACAUGGCUAAGCCUUCAUUUUGUGCAUUUCACUGUCAUCCAGCCUCUCCUCAUCCAGUCAGUGUUCUGGCUUCCUCCUUAACAUCACACCCAUUUAAAGUUGCACUUUUCCUCAAUCUUUCUCUUGCUCAUCUCUCAGCACCUAAAUCCGAGCUCCUCCUUCCACCAGAUCAGUCCGUCCCCCACGUUACACAAAUUGAUCAGCUACAGGAUUAGUAUCCAGCUCCUGCAGGUGACUUCACUGAGAUUCGGUGUUAAAACAGCAAAAAAAAAAACACAGGGCAUGGACAUCAUAAGAGUCUGUUUGAACUGGACCCACCAUCCUCCCCCAGUUACUCACAUGUCCACUGGAAACUCCUCAGGAGAUCAUUUCGCAUAAGGAGAGAUAUUUGAAACACUGAUAUGAAUUCGAUGAAGCACCGAGGUAAUACUGAUGCCUGUUUGUAUUAAAUAUCCUAGCAUGCGCCUUGGCGUCUUUUGUCUCCUCUUUCAGUUGUGACUGGAACUCAUAUUUAUUGUGCUCUCCCAGUGGUGGAAAGUAACUACUUGUACUUCUGUGCUACUAUAUACUUCUACUUGACUAUGUUUAAG